GGAGCCGCUGAGCGAAAGGUGGCAGCAGUGAGUCGCUCUCAAACCUGGCGGUGGCCGUCCUCACCGAAUCCGCUCGGUCCGCUGGCAGACAGCUCUCCCAAAUUCCCCGCAAGUCAAGCGGCCGCUAGCACUAACUCCGCCAGCUGCGCCCUGCCCUGGGGGCGGAGCAGUCCGCCUCAGCCCACGCCCGAGCUCAGCCGCGCGGCUCCAGCCCCGAGCGCAGGUGGUACCCGCGCGGCGCGCGAUGCCCCGACCGCCCCCAGCGCGCGGGCUGAGCGGUGUCCGCCUGAGGGGACCGGAACCCGCUGCUCUCUUCGGGAACAACGCCGCAAAGGCGCUUAAACGGAGCUGUGGAAUGGGAACUUUCGGGCGCGAGCUGUCGUUGCGUUGUACGCAAGUUUCUCGGUAAAGGGUUAAGCGCGUACAUAAGUAAAUACGACUUCCAUAUUCCUCACGCUCUUCGCUCGCAAAAAGACUUCUGCGAACACGAAGCUAUGCCUGUUCCAGACCAGCCCUCGUCUUCUGAUAAGACAAGCUCCCUCAGUCCUGUACUGAACACAUCCAACGGUGAUGGCUCUGAAACUGAGACAACCUCUGCCAUUCUAGCAUCAGUUAAAGAACAGGAACUACAGUUUGAGAGACUGACUCGAGAACUUGAGGCUGAACGUCAGAUCGUAGCGAGCCAACUGGAGCGAUGUAAACUUGGAUCAGAAACUGGAAGCAUGAGCAGCAUUAGUUCAACAGAAGAGCAGUUUCACUGGCAAACACAAGAUGGUCAGAAGGAUAUAGAAGAUGAGCUCACUACUGGUCUGGAGCUGGUGGACUCCUGUAUUAGAUCACUGCAGGAAUCAGGGAUACUUGAUCCACAGGACUAUUCAGCCAGUGAAAGGCCCAGCCUCCUCUCGCAGAGUGCUCUGCAGCUCAAUGCCAAGCCCGAGGGCUCCUUCCAGUACUCAGCCAGCUACCACAGCAACCAGACCCUUGCCCUGGGCGAGACAGCAGCCGCCCCACUCCCGGCCCGCAGCACUCAACCCAGAGGUGCCAUCCAGAGCUACAACCAGUUAAGCUCCACCAUCGGCACUUACGCCACUCUGUCGCCCACCAAGCGGCUGGUUCACGCUGCCGAGCAGUACAGCAAGCACUCCCAGGAGCUGUACGCCACCGCCACCCUGCAGAGGCCCGGCUCCCUCGCAGCUGGGUCUCGGGCAUCUUACAGCAGCCAGCACAGCCACCUUGGCUCCGAGUUAAGGGCACUGCAGUCUCCAGAACAUCAUAUAGAUCCUAUUUACGAAGACAGAGUUUAUCAGAAGCCCCCUAUGAGGAGUCUCAGCCAGAGUCAGGGGGACCCUCUGCAACCAGCACACACAGGCACAUAUCGCACUAGUACAGCCCCAUCUUCCCCUGGUGUCGACUCCGUACCCUUACAGCGCACAGGCAGUCAACACGGCACACAGAACGCAACCGCGACCUUCCAGAGGGCCAGCUAUGCUGCAGGCCCAGCCUCCAAUUACGCAGACCCCUACCGACAGCUGCAGUAUUGUCCUUCUGUUGAAUCACCAUACAGCAAAUCUGGGCCAGCCAUCCCACCUGAGGGGACCUUGGCUAGGUCACCUUCCAUUGAUAGCAUUCAGAAAGAUCCCAGAGAGUUUGGAUGGCGAGAUCCAGAGCUUCCAGAAGUUAUACAGAUGUUACAGCAUCAGUUUCCCUCAGUACAGUCCAAUGCUGCAGCCUACUUACAGCACCUCUGUUUCGGAGACAAUAAAAUAAAAGCAGAGAUAAGAAGACAAGGCGGAAUACAAUUACUGGUGGACCUGUUGGACCAUCGGAUGACAGAAGUCCACCGUAGUGCCUGUGGAGCUUUGAGAAAUUUGGUAUAUGGGAAGGCAAAUGAUGACAACAAAAUAGCUCUGAAAAACUGUGGUGGUAUUCCAGCAUUAGUACGGUUACUCCGCAAGACUACAGAUCUGGAAAUCAGAGAACUGGUCACAGGAGUUCUCUGGAAUCUCUCUUCCUGUGAUGCACUGAAAAUGCCAAUCAUCCAGGAUGCCCUCGCAGUGUUGACCAAUGCAGUGAUCAUCCCUCACUCUGGAUGGGAAAACUCUCCGCUCCAGGAUGAUCAUAAAAUACAACUUCAUUCAUCACAGGUGCUGCGCAACGCCACUGGGUGCCUAAGGAAUGUCAGCUCUGCUGGAGAGGAGGCCCGCAGAAGGAUGAGGGAGUGUGAUGGCCUGACGGAUGCAUUGCUGUACGUGAUCCAGUCUGCUCUGGGGAGCAGUGAAAUUGAUAGUAAGACCGUUGAAAACUGUGUGUGCAUUUUGAGGAACCUCUCAUACAGGCUAGCUGCAGAAACAUCUCAGGGACAGCAAAUGGGAACAGAUGAACUUGAUGGAUUACUCUGUGGUGAUGCCAAUGGAAAAGAUGCAGAGAGUUCAGGAUGCUGGGGGAAGAAGAAGAAGAAAAAGAAAUCACAGGAUCAGUGGGAUGGAGUAGGACCUCUCCCAGACUGUGCAGAACCACCCAAAGGAAUCCAGAUGCUGUGGCACCCUUCAAUAGUCAAACCCUACCUCACACUUCUUUCUGAGUGCUCAAAUCCAGACACGCUGGAGGGGGCAGCAGGGGCACUGCAGAACUUGGCUGCUGGGAGUUGGAAGUGGUCAGUGUAUAUCCGUGCUGCUGUCCGCAAAGAAAAAGGACUGCCAAUCCUGGUAGAACUGCUUCGAAUAGACAAUGACCGGGUGGUAUGUGCAGUUGCUACAGCUUUACGAAACAUGGCCUUAGAUGUCAGAAAUAAGGAGUUAAUAGGCAAAUAUGCCAUGAGGGAUCUGGUCCACCGACUGCCAGGCGCUAACAACAGCAACAGCUCAGCAAGCAAGGCCAUGUCUGAUGACACCGUUACUGCCAUUUGCUGCACGCUGCAUGAAGUCAUCACUAAAAACAUGGAGAAUGCCAAGGCCUUACGAGACGCAGGCGGCAUUGAGAAACUGGUUGGCAUAUCUAAGAGUAAAGGAGACAAGCAUUCGCCAAAAGUGGUGAAAGCAGCAUCUCAGGUCCUCAAUAGUAUGUGGCAGUACAGAGACCUGAGAAGUCUCUACAAGAAGUGGGCGGCCCCAAGCUUCAGUGUGGCUGAGGACAGAGGAUUUUCACCAACCCACCACUCUGGGUCAUGGCAAGCUCAGCAUACUCUCUCCCAGAGCCAAGAAACCAGAAUCUAUUCCCCAACCCAGGACGGAUGGUCACAGUAUCACUUUGUAGCCUCAUCUUCAACGAUAGAAAGGGAUCGGCAAAGACCAUACUCUUCAUCACGCACGCCCUCCAUCUCUCCCGUGCGCAUGUCUCCUAACAACCGCUCAGCAAGUGCCCCAGCCUCACCUCGGGAAAUGAUCAGCCUAAAAGAAAGGAAAACGGACUAUGAAUCAACUGGAACAAAUGCCACUUACCAUGGAAGUAAGGGAGAACACACUUCUAGGAAAGACACCAUGACAGCAAGAGUCAGCUGCUCACUGAAGCGUGGCACAGCGGGAAUGGAGUUCCCAGGAAUGCCGCCUGCAUGUUCCGAAGCAGCUCAGAACACUGGAAUCUCAACUUUGUACAGAAAUUCUUAUGGUGCACCUGCUGAAGAUAUCAAACAUAACCAGGUUUCAACACAGCCAGUUCCACAGGAGCCCAGCAGAAAAGAUUACGAACCAUAUCAGCCGUUUCAGAAUUCAACCAGAAACUAUGAUGAGUCCUUCUUUGAGGACCAAGUGCAUCACCGUCCACCUGCUAGUGAAUACAACAUGCACCUGGGACUAAAGUCAACUGGCAACUACGUCGACUUCUAUUCAGCUGCUCGUCCCUAUAGUGAACUUAACUAUGAAACAAGCCACUAUCCAGCCUCUCCCGACUCCUGGGUUUGAGACUUGGGCAGAUACAAAAGCUCCAGGAACUGUGCAUGUGCAUGCAUACCACAAGACAUUUUUUUUCCUGCAAAUUUAGUUUGUUAAAGCCUGUUCCAUAGGAAGGCCCAGAUAACCAGUGUGGAAAAAAUUAAGAGAUUUUUUUAGAAGGCUAAAAGAAAUGAAAGCUAAACCUGGGAGUAAUUAGAAAGAAAUAUAUAUUCUAUAUAUAUAUUUUACAGUGUAGGACAACUUUAGAGUUGGCCAGUAGAGUCUUAAGUUUGUUGCUGUGUAUUGAAUGUGGCUGAAAGAAGGAGGGAGAACAUGACAGUGGAUGUGGGUCAAGAGUUAAGCACAAGUAACUGAGCAGCGUACAUACUUAAUGGGGAACAGCUUCUCACACUUUGUUUAAUAUCCUCAUUCAUUGUGACUCUAGGCUUCAAGUUGCAUUUGGGGUUUCCUCUGUACAGCAAGAUGUUUCUUGCCUUUUGUUAAUGCAUUGUUGUAAAGUAUUUGAUGUACAUUACAGAUAAAAAAAACAAGUGCAUUGUGUAUAUUACACCAAUGCCACAGUGUUUCUUCAUCUAUGGUUCUAAAUAUUGCUUCAAUUUCAAAUUUUGAAAGAUGUAUGAAUUUCCGGUUUUUUGUUUUCUUUUCCCCGGUGCGUUUUAACAAAAAAAAAAAAAAGAAAAAGAAAAAAAAAACAAACAAAAAGGAAUAUUUAGCAGUAUUGUUCGUUCUGAUAUGUGAAUUUGUUUGUGGCAACUAAAAAAAAAAGGCAUUCAGCAGUUUCUGACAAUUAACAUUCAUCAUUCCACACUCCUUGUCAACAAAGUGCUUUUUCACUGCCUAAAAUUUUAGAUGUAGAUAUUUGAAAUAGAUUUUUUUCAUUUAUACCAGUUUUCUUUAUGAUGAUACAGUGUUAAAAGAAAAUAAAUUACAAUUGAUCUGUCAUCCAUAUUUGCUAAGAAUGUCUAUUUCCAAGAAUCUACCAUACAAAUAUACAUUCUUA